AUGAUCAUCCUGGAGAUUCUUAUACUUUGGUUAUCCUUCGAACUCGUCCUUGGACACACCGAGCUACCCAAGUCUGCGUCGCUAUCCACGGCCAUCGCAUCCAACCAGCUAGAUCAGCUUUCUGGAUUUGCACUCAAUGUGACAAAAAGCAUCCUCCGCAAUACCAAAGGGACGUGUACUCUAGACAAUCUACAAGUCCGCCGGGAUUGGAGAGCAUUCUCCGCCGUCGAGAAGAAAGCCUACAUCAAGUCUGUGUUGUGUCUCCAAGCACUUCCAGCUCGCACACCCUCAUACUUGGCUGCGGGGGCAAAAACUCGAUAUGAUGACUUUGUAGCCACACAUAUCAAGCAGACUCUUUUGAUUCAUCGCACGGGAACCUUCCUAGGAUUCCACCGAUGGUUUAUCCACGAAUUCGAAUCCGCCCUGCGUAGCGAAUGUGCUUAUACUGGGGACUACCCUUAUUGGGAUUGGGGUGCUGACACCGAUGAUAUGGAGAAUUCGGAGGUCUUCGAUGGCAGCGAGACCUCACUAUCCGGGAAUGGAGCCUGGAUGCCAACUGAGAUGGACAUCAAAGUACCAGUGGGGAAUUACACGCCUGCAUAUCUCCCUACAGGGUCUGGUGGAGGCUGUGUCACUAGUGGGCCGUUCGUCGACUAUGUUGUCAACAUGGGACCUUCAUUCUUGUCUACGCCUGGUGGGAAUGUCACAGGAAUGGCAAAUGCUCUCGAUUACAACCCUCGAUGUAUGACGCGUGACCUAACUUCGGAGGUUCUACAGCGUUUCAACAACUAUACAUCGAUUGUACAUGUGAUUCUCAACAAUCACAAUGUUUGGGAUUUUCAAACGGAAUUACAAGGCUGGCCUGGAAGUGGAUCUCUCGGACUUCAUGGUGGUGGUCACUAUUCUAUGGGUGGUGACCCUGGCCGUGACGCCGAUGGAAGCCCUGGUGAGCCUGGAUUUUGGCACCAUCAUGGAAUGAUAGACCGUGUGUGGUGGAUUUGGCAAAGUCUCGAUUUGAAGACGCGGCAAUAUGCGAUCUCGGGGACUGGUACGUUCAUGAAUGAGCCUGCUUCUCCCAACACGACAUUGGAGACUAUGCUCAAUAUCGGAUAUGCCAACUCGGGCCCAAUGGCUAUGAAAAACGUUAUGAGUACUACAGCUGGGCCCUUCUGCUAUAUUUAUGUGUGA